CAUACAUACACAGAAGCAAUUUCUCUCUCUAGAUUUUAUUCUUCCGCAAAUACUAUAUAUAAUAUAUAUACCCCAGCUGCAUUCUGCGGACAAUAAUUAACAUUGUUCCUUGUGUUGAUCGUAGGCCGUCAGAAGAUUUUUCGUUAAAUUUAAAGAAAGAAGAUUUUUUACUUUUGUUUUUUUUUGUUUUGGGGGAAAUCUAUUGUGCCCUAUUUUUCGUUAAUAAAAAUCCUUGAAUUAGUAAAUAAAUAAAUAAAAAUCUGCGCCUAAAAUGGGGAGGAAGAACAGAGGAAUAAGCAAAGGAAAGGUGUCGAGAAUUGGGAGUUAUGCAAUCGCUUCGUCAAUUAAGGAUCCCACUUGUGUUUCCUGCACAACUUUCAAUAUUCUCGCACCCAUUUACAAACGACUCGAUCACGAUGAUCCAAGUUACAGGGAAAGUGAUGAAAAAGAUAGUUGGCUGGAUAGAAACCAAAGGAUUUUGGAUUGGUUGUUAUGUGAAAGAUCUUCCAUUAUUUGCCUUCAGGAAUUUUGGGUUGGGAAUGAAGAGUUGGUGAAUAUUUACGAUAAGAGGCUCGGUGAUGCUGGUUAUAUCAAUUUCAAGCUUGCCCGAACAAAUAAUCGGGGCGAUGGUUUGCUAACUGCUGUGCACAAGGACUAUUUUAGAGUCAUCAACCACCGAGAGUUGCUUUUCAACGAUUUUGGUGACCGGGUGGCUCAGUUAUUACAUGUCGAACUCGUUGCACCCUUUACACAAUAUUUAAACAGUAAUGUUCGCCAAGAACUACUUAUAGUGAACACCCACUUAUUAUUUCCACAUAAUUCAAGCUUGUGCUUGGAGCGAUUGCGUCAGGUCUACAAAAUAUUGGAAUAUGUUGAAUCAUACCAAAAAGAAAACAAACUUAACCCGUUGCCUAUCUUACUUUGCGGUGAUUGGAACGGAAGCAAACGGGGUCAUAUUUACAAGUUUCUUCGAUCUCAAGGUUUCGUAUCAUCUUAUGAUACUGCUCAUCAGUAUACUGAUGCAGAUGCUCACAAGUGGGUGAGUCACCGCAACCAUCGUGGAAACAUCUGCGGUGUUGAUUUCAUAUGGCUUCUUAAUCCCAAUAGUUACAGAAAAUUGCUUAAAACUAGUUGGAGUGAAGCAAUUUUCGGAAUGUUCAAGUAUCAUCUAAGACGAGCUUCAUUAAUAGAGGAUGAUGCAUUUGCGUUCCUAAAAGCUGAUAGCGAUGGUGAUUACAUCACCUACUCGGGUUUCUGUGAAGCAUUGAGACAUCUGAACUUGAUUGGCAAUUGUAACGGAUUGAGUGCUGAAGAGUUACAAGAACUGUGGGUCCAGGCGGACAUUGACGGAAAUGGUGUUCUUGACUAUAAAGAAUUUAAGCAACGGAUAUGGAACGCAUCGCGAUCCGAGCAAGGAUUCGAUGCGGUCGAUGACGAGUGGGAUGAUGUCAUCAAUGGAACAGAGCAAACAAUUGGAUUCAGUGUAAAAAACGCCGUUCUUUUCCCUACAGAAGUAGAGAAAGGAAUGUGGCCAGAAGACUACUCUCUUUCUGACCAUGCUCGACUAACGGUGGUCUUUUCACCCUUGAGAAUGCCCUGCUCUCGGUUGACAGCUUGAUGUAAAAUGACGAGAAUGCCCUUUUCAGAAUCCGGAUUUGUUGGGAGAUCAAACUGGAAGGUGGCGAGGAAUGCAGGGGCCUCGUCGCAAGAAUUUGGUCGUGUAGAAAAGAAGAAUAUUGCAAUAUAUUUAUAUAUACCGUUACCGCGGAGGUAAUUCUUUUGAUAUCUUGAGAGUGUGGAAAAAUAAGGAAAUUUCAUACUAUGAGAGAGUAUUAAGAUAGAAUUUUUGGCCGUGUGUAAAUAAAUAGAAGUUGAGGGUAGGAAGUAUAAUUUUGUAAAAUGUGGGGGUUGCAAUCUCAUUUUGUAGUUAGAGUGAUAUUGCAGCAUCAAUUUAUUAUUACUGUUAUAUAUGUAUGAACUCUCUGUUUUUGAAAGAGAACAUUAUAUUAUCAUUAUUAUUAUUUAUUAUGUUUGGA